AUGAGGUCGUCGUCGGGCCGCACGAAUGCGGGAGCAGCCGGGAUGGGCUUCACGUCGCCGCUCGACGCAGACGCCGCCGAGGCGCGUCGGCUCCAACGUGCCGCGCUGUUGCAAGCGCGCGGCGGGCCCAACUCCAUGGAGAAGCGAUUCCUGCGCUUUAUAUCGGCCGGAACCUUCCUGGAUUCUGCCACCCUGAGCUCCGUCGCGCCCAUCCUCCCGGGCUACGCGCGCCGCUUCGGCCUGACGCAGCACGCCGUCACGCUGCUCCUCGCGGCGCGCAACGUCACGUCCGUGCUCGCGUCGCUUCCCAUAGGCGUGCUCCUCCUCUUAAUCUCCGUCCCCACCAUCUUCGCCGCGACCUUCUCCCUCUCCACCCUAGCCUCUCUCUCCCUCGCGUUUCCCCUCGCCGGGGCAGGCUCGCUUGCUGCUGCCCUGGUUCUCCAAGGCGUCGCCACCCAAUCCGUGCGCAGCGUCGGGCUUUUUUUCGCUGCCCGGGUUUGCGGGUCAGGCGCGUCAUUGGACGAGGUGGUGGAUCAGCUCGCGCAGAAGGGCAGCGAGGGGCUGCACAAACUUCUGGGCUCGGGCAGGCUGUGGACUGCCCGGGGCAGAACGUCGUUAAGUUAUGGUUUGGUAGGGGAUGGGAGGAGAGGGACAAGUAGCCUUAGCGGUAUCAGCAACACUCCUUACGAAAGGCUUACCCCUUCCCAGCAGCAGCAGCAGCAGGAGCAGCAGGAGCAGGAGGAGGAGGAGGAGGAGGAAGAGCAGCAGCAGCAGGAAAUAGAGGGGCAGGGAUGGAGGGAGUUUUCAGGAGGGAGAGAAGCUGCAUGGAGCGAAAGAGAGACACAGGUUAGAGGGAGAGGGAGAGGGAGAGGUAGAGGAGGAGGGAGACGUGGAGGAAGAGGAGGGAGAGGGGAGCGAAGGGCACGAGUCGGGGGCGUUGGUGCUCCAGGCUCGGCCGGAGCAGGAGCAGGAGGAGGUUCGGCAUCCGAAGGUCUGUUUGUGGUUCGGAGCGGUGACCAGGUGUUUCGAUCGGCAGCAGCAGACUACUCCCUCACAGGCACCCACUUCCCCACCGCCUUUGCAGACGGCAUGGACGGCACCCCCUCCGGAGCCUCCUCCGCAGCUUCCUCCGCAGCCUCCUCUGCGGAAUCCUCUCUGCUGAUCGGCGUGAUUGGCUCGUUGCUGGGUUGGGCGUCACUGGGAACGCUCAUCGGGCCGCUGUUUGGCUCGUUUGCCUACCAGUACCUGUCUCCCUGGAUCGCGUAUCUCGUUGCGGCUGUGGCAGCGGCGGCGCUCGCAUUCCUCUCCUUCCUGCUCUCGCCUGAAGCACACUCCCUCGACCGCCUCGAGUUCCAGCUCAGCUGGCGCAAGAAAAAACAGCAGAAGCAGCAGCAGCAGCAGCAGCAGCAGGAGCAGGAGGAGGAAGAGAUGGAGGAGCAGGAGGAACCGCAGCUGCAGCAGCAGCAGGGUAACCCGGGGUCCUACGCACUCACAAAUACCUCCUCUAACCCCCCCGGUGCUGACUCCUUGCACUCUUCUUCACCCGGGCCUGUGUCACUAGGCCUCGCUUCUGCCUCUUCUGCAGAACCCGACCCUGACUCUAUCGUCAGUCCAGGUUUCCAGGCGGGCAGCGGGCAGGUGAUGGUAAAUUUCGAGGCGCUAGGGGUAGAGCCGCCUCCGGAACCUUCCGACCUGCCCGACUCAUUCUUUUCGUCGUUUGCGUCUCGUCAGGAUGACCCUUCAGGUGCCCCUUCAGGGGGGGCAGAGUAUAAUGAUGGAGACUUUGUGCUGACACGGAGAUUCGAACCCAUGACCUCUGCCUCGAACCCAGCAACUGCUGCUGUUCCUGCAGCUGCCUCUGCUCCUGCUGACGGCUCCAAACACACUCUACAACCCGUCAACUCUUCCUCUUCUUCUGCACAGCCACACCACUCCUCUCCUUCCUCACAAACCGUCAACUCCUCUCCUGCUCCACAGCCCCGCAUGUCUACCCCUCAGGCGCCCCUGCCCACUAGUUCCGUCCCCCUCAUCCCCCCUCCCAACCCCACACCUGACAGUGCGAUGGUGACUGCUUCUGCCACUGUUGCCCCUGCUCUUGUUCCAUCUGCCCGUGCCGCUGCCUCUGGCGGAUCUUCCACUGCCGUUACCUCUGAACCUGAACCUGCAGCUGCCUCUGGUGCUGGAGGCCUGGGAGCUGCUGCUGUUAUGGGUUCAGGCGCUUCUGUCGAAGGUGGUGCUGCUAGCACAGAGGCAGAAGGGGGUGCGGAGUGGCACGAGGUGCCUCUGUCAGGAGACUCCACCCACGCUGCUGCUUCUGCCAUAAGCCAUGUCCCACUCUCACAUGAUGAGCACGAGCACGCCAUGAGCCAUGGCCUACAUUCCCAUGCCCUGCAUGCCAUGAGCCAUGUGCCGCAUUCACAUGAUGAGCGCCCCAUGAGCCAUGAAUCAUCAACAGCAGUUGAAAGAGGCGCUGAACGGGGGCUGGCAGGAGCCAACCAGGUGACAGCAGCACCACUGGCAGGAGUAUAUGCAGCAACAGAGGCAGCACGAGAGGUAGCGCCUGAGGCAGCGCCAGCGGCAGCAGCAGGGGCGGGGAUGGGUGCGCGAGACACAGCAGCUGGUGCAGCAGCAGAGCCAGCUGACAUGAUCGACCAGGCUUUCCAUCUUGGCAGAGGCAGCAAUAGCUCGAUCACCAAUGCCGCUUCUGCUCCCUCCAUUCCCUCUUCCACCCCCACCACCACCACCACCACCAACAGCACUGCCACCAGCACCACCACGGCAACAAGCAAUCUCCCUCGGGGUGCCCCUACCAUCCCUCCUCUUGACGCCCCCUCAUCAUCUGCCACAGCAGCAUCUGCACCUGUUGCUGCCAGCUACCCACCAGGUACAGCUGGCGCCUCCAGCUCAGCUGGUGACGUCAGCAGCAGCUACAGCAGCUACAGUAGCGGCCAGCAGCAGCAGGAUUACCACCAGCAACAGCCGCAGCAGGAGCUGCAGGAACUGGAGCAGCAGCAGCAAGAGCAGCAACAGCAGCAGGAGCAGCAGCAGAGGCAGCGGCAGGGAAGCAUGACCAUCCGAGGGCUUCUCUUUGCUCUCCGCAACCGCCUUGCCACCGCCGUGCUCCUCACCACGGCCGUGCAAACACUCUCCUUCGGAGCUCUCGAGGCCACGCUCCCGUUCUUCCUCGCGGACACAUGCGACGCCGGACCGGCCUCUGUCGGGCUCGCGUUUGCGUUCAACGGAUUGGCGUACUCGUUUGUGGCUUAUGUGUCCGCGCACGCGCAUGCCACCGCGCAUCUCCACGUGCAGGCCCGCUUGCACGCCCACGCCCGGGCGGCGCUCUCGUCGUUUUCCGCCUUCUUUACGUUUCUCGUCGCUCUGGCUUCGUCCGUGCUGCUCUAUGUUCGCAAGGAGGGCACGCAGCGGUGGCACACGCUGAGAGAUGUGCUGGACCUGCGACAGCUGCUGCGCGCGCGGAAACAUGGGCAGGCGGCCCCUGAUGGCUCCGCAUCAGCAGCAUCAGCAGGGACACCCUCGCGGACAGCAGUGUCCCUGGAAGCCGCCACUGCCGCGUCAGCAGCUGCUCUGGCGGGGAUCUCCCCGCGAAGAGACGGGUCCCCUGCUGGCGCCACGUCAGCCGCCGCGUCAGCAGCCGUGCCAGUUGUCAGCCUGAUUCCCGCAGAUGACCCGAUCACGAAUCUGUUCAAGACGCCCGGGCAGGAGUGGUUCUACGUGGACAUGCACGGGGAGGUGCAGGGCCCAUUCAGCUCACAGAAGAUGCAGCGCUGGUGGACCAACCCCCUCUAUAAGGACCACUUCUCCUCGCUAAAGUGCCGCAGAGGGCACCAUGGCGAGUUUCGCCUGCUUCCUGAAAUAGCGGAGGAGGUGGUAACAAGAGGGCCUCCUCCGGAAUCACCCAAGCAACUUGGGUAUAGAGACCCUGGCAGCGCAGGGAAGAAGGCGCCGAAGAGUGAGCGAUAUGUACGGUCAGGAUCGCGCAAGGAGGAGAGCGAUCUAGCCAAGGAGGUGGAGGAGCUGAAGCAGCAGGUGGAGCGACUGGAGGUGGAUAACGAGGGGCUGCGGAACUCGCAGGAAGACACCUUCAUUCUGCGCAUGCAAGUGGAGCGCCUGUUGAGGGAGAAAGCAGAGUUGGCGAGGGAAGUAACCAUGCUGAAGAGGGAGAAAGAGAGUCUGCAGGAGCUGCUGCAGUACGCGCAGCAGUUUGACAUUGCAGACGAGGGCGUGGCUGAUGAGCUCAUCGCGGGCGAGGAGGGCGAGGGCAUGGGCGGCAACGAGUGGGGGCCGGGCGAGGGGGACCGGGCCACAGAGGAGUGGUUUCAGAUGCUCGAGGCUGCCUCUCAUAAGGUUCCGCAGGGUGUGGAGGAGAGUUAG